AUGCGGCGUCUGACUCGCCGCCUGGUGCUGCCGAUCUUCGGGGUUCUCUGGAUCACCGUGCUGCUGUUCUUCUGGGUAACCAAGAAGAAGUUGGAGGUGCCGGCGGGACCUGAAGUGCAGACCCCCAAGAUUUCGGAUGCUGACUGGGAUGACCUAUGGGACCAGUUUGAUGAGCGGCGGUAUCUGAAUGCCAAGAAGUGGCGCGUCGGUGAUGAUCCCUAUAAGCUGUAUGCUUUCAACCAGCGGGAGAGCGAGCGGAUUGCCAGCAGCCGGGUGGUCCCAGACACUCGCCUUUUCAGAUGCACCCUGCUGGGGUACUGCACGGACCUCCCUCCCACCAGCAUCAUCAUCACCUUCCACAACGAGGCCCGCUCCACCCUGCUCAGAACCGUCCGCAGCAUAUUAAACCGCACCCCUAUGAAUCUCCUCCAGGAAAUCAUAUUAGUCGAUGACUUCAGCAAUGACCCCGAGGACUGCAGAGAGCUCAUCAAGCUACCCAAGGUGAAAUGCUUACGCAAUAAUGAGCGGCAAGGUCUGGUGCGGUCCCGGAUCCGGGGUGCUGAUGCUGCCCAGGGCACCACCCUGACUUUUCUCGACAGCCACUGUGAGGUGAACAGGGACUGGCUCCAGCCCCUGCUGCACAGGGUCAAAGAGGACUACACGCGGGUGGUGUGCCCCGUGAUCGAUAUCAUCCACCUGGACACCUUCAACUACAUCGAGUCGGCCACGGAACUUAGAGGGGGGUUUGACUGGAGCCUCCACUUCCAAUGGGAGCAGCUCACACCAGAGCAGAAAGCUCAGCGCCUGGACCCCACUGAGCCCAUCAGGACACCAAUCAUAGCUGGAGGGCUCUUCGUGAUGGACAAAUCCUGGUUCGACUACCUGGGGAAAUAUGACAUGGACAUGGACAUCUGGGGCGGGGAGAACUUCGAAAUCUCCUUCAGGGUGUGGAUGUGCGGGGGCAGCCUCGAGAUCGUCCCCUGCAGCCGAGUGGGCCACGUCUUCCGGAAGAAGCACCCAUAUGUCUUCCCAGAUGGAAAUGCCAACACAUAUAUAAAGAACACCAAGCGGACAGCUGAAGUGUGGAUGGAUGAAUACAAGCAGUACUAUUAUGCUUCCCGGCCGUUUGCCCUGGAGAGACCCUUUGGAAACAUUGAGAGCAGAUUGAACCUGAGGAAGAACCUGCAGUGCCGGAGCUUCAAGUGGUACCUGGAGAACGUCUAUCCAGAACUCAGAGUACCCAAGGAGUCCUCCAUCCAGAAGGGCAGCAUCCGACAGAGGCAGAAGUGCCUAGAGUCUCAAAAGCAGAAAGACCAAGAGAUCUCCAACCUCAAGUUAAGCCCCUGUGUCAAGAUUGAAGACAAGGAAGCAAAGUCCCAGAUCUGGGCCUUCACAUACACCCAGCAGAUCCUGCAGGAGGAACUGUGCCUGUCAGUCGUCACCUUGUUCCCUGGCGCCCCGGUGGUUCUUGUCCUUUGCAAGAAUGGAGAUGACAGACAGCAAUGGACCAAGACUGGUUCCCGCAUCGAGCACGUGGCAUCCCACCUCUGCCUAGACACGGACAUGUUUGGCGAUGGCACUGAGAACGGCAGGGAGAUCGUUGUCAAUCCGUGUGAGUCCUCACUUAUGAGCCAGCACUGGGACCUGGUGAGCUCUUGA